AUGAGUGAACAGUCGAUACCACGUCUUGAAUUACUUGGAUGUUUAAUCUCGGCACGAUUGCUAGAUAACAUUCGUAAGGCAUUACAAGACGUCUUAAUAUAUUAAAGAUUCAUGCUAUUUUCUUCUGGUCCGAUUCAACGGUUGCACUAAGCUGGAUAAGGAGUGUGUGUAAAGAGUACAAACAGUUUGUAGAAAAUAGAGUUCAGGAAAUUCGAAGAUUGACAGAUCCAAAGGAUUGGAGAUAUUGCCCAACAAAAGACAAUCCAGCAGAUAUUGCUUUAAGGGGAGAAUCAGUAUCGAAGCUCGCGGCGGAUGAUAAGUGGUGGUAUGGUCCUACCUUUUUACUAAAUCCCAAGGAUUCGUGGCCGGUACAGCCGUCGCACGGAGAAGAAAGCAAGAAUACGUUGCAAGAGUUGAAGACAUCCAAACAGACUGUGAUAGCGGCAGUCGUUGAUACUGAUGUGCAACCAGAACACAGUAUAGAGAACUUGCUAAAGGCUUCGAAGUAUAGUAAGUUAGAAACUUUGCUUCGUGUAACAGCCUAUGUGCAGAGAUUCGUUGACAAUGUAAAACGAAGUUUGAAAGGUGAGAAAAUUUUGAAGGGUCUUCUAACUGCUGAAGAACUAGAGGUGGCCGAGAAAUCCUGGAUUAAGCAUGUGCAAGCUUCCUUAACGAAGCUGCCGAAAUAUAAUAAAAUGAAACGAUCUUUAAGUUUAUUUAUGGACGAUGAGCAACUAAUCUGUUGUCAUGGUCGAAUCGAAAAGUCAAAUCUACCUAACGAAACGAAGUUUCCUAUGUUAUUACCCAGCGAUCAUGAUUUUACUAAUCUCGUAGUUCUGCAUUGUCACACUGAAGUUAGGCAUAAUGGCGUUCGGGAAACUGUAACUCAAGUUAGAUGGAAAUAUUGGAUCGUAAGAGGGCGACAAGUAGUGAAGAAGAUUAUCGCUCGAUGUUUAACGUGCAAACGAUUAGAGGGCAAAUCUUACGGAGUGCCGCCAGCACCUCCCUUGCCAGAAUACCGUUUAGAUAACGACGUUGCCUUUUCAAGAGUAGGAGUUGACUAUGCUGGCCAUUAUUCGUGA